CCUAAUUUUGAUGCAAUCUUGACUCUUAGAUCUCAUAAUCUAAAGUACCAGAUUUAUUAUUAUUUCUUUGGUUGAAUUCCUUCUUCUUUUCUUCUGGGCAGAAAUGGGUAGGGUUUCGAAGCAGAAGAAGAAGAAACAGCUCUCGCUGUCCGAAGGAUCGCUCAUUGAGAUUUGCACGGGGGAGAAAGGCCUCACCGCCGUCUGGUUCGAGGCCGUCGUCCUCGACCCGAAUCCCCCCCCGCCCUCGCACGCCAGAUCCAGCUCCAAAAGGGCCUGCAGAGUCUACGUGGAGUACACCACCCUCCUCUCCGACGACGGCGAGAGCCCGCUGCGGGAGCUCGUCAAUCUGGAGUACAUCCGGCCCCGCCCUCCCACGGAGACUGUUGAGGGAUUUGAGCUCUACGACCCCGUCGACGCGUUCUAUAAUGACGGCUGGUGGACCGGCGUUGUCACUCAACUUCUGGAUUCUAACCGCUAUGUUGUCACGUUCAGGAAACCUCCCGACGAGCUUGAAUUCGGCUUGUCUGAUUUGAGACUCCACCUUAGAUGGGUCUACGGGAAGUGGGUUCCGCCCAAAAGGAAGAACACAACAGGAUUCGGAUUUAGUGUGGGGAAAGAGGUAGAAGUCACAUUUGAAGGAGAUGAUUAUAUGGAUGCCUGGUAUCCUUCAAAAGUCGUUGAGGUCUGUGGUAAUGGCUGUUUUAUGGUGGACUGCAUGAGGCCAAAUACUGAAAUCAAGGAGCAAAUAAGAGCAGCUGUUUGUUCCAGUCAUAUCCGACCAUGUCCUCCGCUCCUCCUCAAAAAUAGUAAAUGUUUUUGUUUGAAUGACAAAGUAGAAUCAUUUUAUGAUUCUGGCUGGUGGUUUGGAGUCAUAAAAGAAGUACUUCCUGACAGUAGGUAUGUUGUCUUCUUCCAAAAUAAGAAGACUGAGAGGGUGCUCAAUCACUCCGAAUUAAGACCUCACAUGGUUUGGGAAGAUGGAGAAUGGCAUACUUCUCAGGGUGAAUCAUUAUCUCCGUAUUGUACCCUUGAGGAUGUGGAAAAUUGCAAUGGUCUGGAUAUCACCCAAAGUGCUGUUACACAUGGUAGCGAAGAUACUACUACAAAUGAAACAUAUGGAGAGAAAAUCUCCAGAUCCUUGAAUUCUGAUGGAGAAAUGAGUGAGCAGCCAAUUCUUUGGUGGCCUUCAAAUGCGUCAGUUUCACCAAUAAAAAGGAAACGGCGUCUAGAUCUAUCAAAGGAAAAUUUUUCUAGUGAUUCAUUGUCUCUUAUCAAAUGUAAGAAACAGGCUAAUGGAUGUAAAACUCCAACUGAGAAAAGCUCGUGUUUCAUUUCCAGCCCAAAUCAAUCUUCCUUGGGGAAUACAGCUCGGAAGAUGCCCCAUAAGGUUGAUGAGCAAGGAUCAGUAUCAGGUCCACAUCGAAAGAGAGGGAGGCCAAAGAAACGUACAGCCAAGCUACCACAAUCUACAGCUCAAGGGUUUUCUCUUAAUGCUGUUGAGGCUCAUGGAAAGGAAAAUGUGGAAUCUGUACCUAUGGAGAAGGCUGUUAGCGAAGGUCCCAUACCUAUGGAGAAGGCUGUUGGUGAAGGUCCCAUACCUAUGGAGAAGGCUGUUGGCGAAGGUCCCAUACCUAUGGAGAAGGC